AUGUGCCGAUUUCGUAAAUUGGUGCCGGUAGCUGCAAUAUCUCAUUACGACCCUUUGUGGUAUCAUACCCUCUCGCCCGCAUUUGUCUGCUACAUUAGGGUUGAUAUCUCUUCGGUGUAUCAUAGUAUAAUCAGCAAUUUCACAAUCCCCUCGUGGCCAAUUUCAGCGGCACGGGAGAGCCGUGUUCUGCCAUCUUCGUCUAUUAUGUUAGGGUUGACGUCUUUACAACCUAGUGGCAACCUCACUAGUUCUCCAAGACCUCCGAGAGUCAUAAGGGGGAGGGCGCUCCUAGCGUGUCGAUUCGCUACGUUGGGGUUGGCAUCUUACCGAUGAAGUAGCAAACUUCACUGUUACUUUAUGGCCCUUUAGAGCAGCAUGAGAGAGAAGUAUCUGCCCCCUUUUGUCUGCUAAAUUAAGGUUGACAUAUCGUCAGCAGAAUAGUAGCUUCGCGAUCCCCUCACGGCCAUUUCCAGAAUGACAGAGCGCUGUUCGGCCAUCUUGUCUAUGGUGUUGGGGUUCACUUCUUGCUGGCCGAGAGUGGCUUCACCAUUUCCUCCCGUCUAGAGUGAGCAGCGUAAAAGAGGGGGGGUCCGGCCGUAUACGUCUUUCCUAUUGGUUUGACAUCUCGUUGGUCUAGGAGUAAUUUCACUGUUUCCUCA